AUGGAGAAGAAUGGAGAGUUGGACUCGAGUUUCAUGGCGGUCGAUCCAGUCAGCCCAGCAAGCAAUAACUCAAAAGACCUUUUAGACGAACCGGCCGCUCCCCGCCGUAAUUCAAUCGACGACAACGACCCAACAAGGCCCCGUAAACGAUUAGCUGCCAUGGCGAUCCACGACGAUACGAAGGACGUAGAGGUUGCUGUCGAAUCGCCCAGAGAAGCUUCUAGUCCCCUUCAGGACAGGGCGUCCCAGCUUGCGCUUGGAGAUCGUCAUAGCGGGGAAGAGGAGGAUCACACUAACCCGGGGGAUGAGGAGGGAGCAGAUGCUCCGGCGGCUGGUGGUGUCGGAAAGUCGAUAACCAUUCAUCUUCGAUCGUCCGUUUUGCAUCAGUCGGAGGAGAAUCAAGCUCAGGAUGACUACGCCAGUGACCGGGUCAACGGCUCCACCCAAUCCACCAUUCAACAAUCGGAGCAGCUACAAUCUCUGGACUCGCCCCAAGCUACUUCGCCGAAUGGAUCCGUGCCCCCCACUCCGGAUGUUGAGGUGGAGGAGGUUGAAGAAAUGGAUGAGGGCGAAGACCAUCUGUCCAGCCAUAUUACUAUCGUGAAUAACUACCUGAAUAAUCCCGUCAAUACCGGGGGCCCUGAUCGGGUUAAAGAUCUAAUGGAUUCCAUGGUUUCGAAGCUUGAGCGAGGUAAGCGUUAUCCCAAACUAUGACCCAACCAAACUUUGGACUUUCGUUGUGGGGGCUAACGCUGCAUCAGAUCCGUGCCCUGUGCGGGAACUGGACGAAAUAUUGUCCUCGGUGUUGAAUUUUGUCAAUGUCGUGAAUGACCAGAUGGACAUCUUCUGGAGAGCUUAUACAACCAAUCACGACAUUUGGCUGCAUCUCCCGAACCUGAUGGAAACGCUCUUGAGGAGGGGGUACGUAGCCUGGGAGCCGCUCUUGCUUGCGGGAAUAUACACUAACUAGUGGUGAUAAUAAAGUGAGCUCUUUGGCAGUACGUUUUUUAGGAGAACAAGUAACGGCCUGAGUGGUGUGGAGAUGGCUGGACGUCUUAUGGUGGAGUUCGCCCGACUCACCACACUAUUCAUACACUAUGAUGUCCUAGUAAUGAAGGAGUCUCCUAUCGAUGUCGAAGUUACCUUAAUAUCCUGCCAAUAUCUGAGGGUGUUGGUUGCCAUCACUAAGCCGAAUCAUCUCUUUACCCUUCUCGAGCGAACAUAUAAUGUCGUUUUGAGUCGGCAUCUUCCUGAGGUUAUUAGAGCGUUGGUUGAGAAGACCGAUGCGCUAAAAAUGAUCCAAGAAUUCCAAGAAUUGAUGUAUGGCAGGAUGUCGUCGCAACCUAAGCUAGCUACUCACAUAUGCCAUCCAAUAGAUAUUUUCUCCAGAGUGGUUCGUUAUAUGGAGCACGGAAUGACGGGAGGCUUCUUGGAUGCGGAUCUGAGUGAUAUUGAGGAACCUGUUUGCAGGUCUGCCUUUUUGAUGUUACCUACGGCCGAAAAGGCAAUCAUGGCAGUGUUGGAAUCGCAUUUGCAGGUUUUGCACUUCAAAGAAUUCACGAGUACUAUAGAGUGCCUCUCCAUACUCGAAGGCUCAGUCUGCAAAAUGCUCGCGCCGGAUCCGCAAACAGAAGCCUUUAUCAUAGAGAAGACAAAACACCGUUAUCCAGACUUGGAUCCUAGCGAAUUCCAACAGCUUGCCGAAUGGACUUGCAGGUUUCCAAUCCUUCUCAGAAUGAUGAUGUGCAGUCGGAUGGACUUCCGGCUUCAUGGGUUGAUUCGGACAACAGACUACUUGGUGAGGGCCUGGAGGGAAAAUUCCGGGCCGGAUUGGAGGGAUAGCAGCAACCUGUUGAGGUACGUCUCUUCGCAUUGCAUUAUUCCCGGCGUUUCCUUUUGGGUAGCCGUUAAUUUUUAGCAGAUUUCUGGCCGAUUUUAUCCUUGAACACAAGGUUAUCGAGUACAUUGUGGGGCCCGAAUCUCACCCCGAGCUUAUCCGACGAAGUGCGAAUUUGACCGGGUUUCUUUUGGUUACCCACACGAUCACACCCGAAAUACAGCGGGCGUUGUGGCAACCCAUUUUGGAAAACAAAGAUCCCCGAAUCUUCCAGGCCACCCUUGCAAUGCACCAGGAAAUGAUUGGCAACAUGACUUUGGAGGGAUUGGUUGGCCUGAGCAACAGGCUUAAUGAAUUGCCCUUCAGCACUAUUGAUUCGCACGUAAUAGAUUUCAUUUGCCGGUUUAUGGAACAGAUCAGGACAAGCGUUUAUGCUCAGGGCCAACAUACUGUGGUAUUUAUCCGCCCAUAAUUCUGAGGGUUUAUUGCGUUUGUAUGGCAUGUUGACUUGAUACUAGGAAGGCAUUUGUUUGGAUGCGGGCCCUUUCGAAUUGCUAAUCAGUCUUAUCCGGAUGGCAUCCCGAGAGGAAGAUAAGCCUACAAUUGAUACUGGGCUCUCAGCAUCCGCAAUCUUUGACUUCGGUGCCCGAGAGCUAAGGGGACUGACUGGAUAUGGUCCCAACAGCACGGCUCGUAGGGAAAUAUUCUUGGAAUGCAUCAAUGAUAUUAAGGCCAUGAAUCCUAGCGCGACGGGGAGUGUUUCAGUUAUUCUGGCAUUUUUACGUGAGUCCCGCGCCCCGUCCAAAGUGGAUCCGGCUCACCGUUUUUAGAACACAGGCCACACAUGUUGCGAGCUGGAAGUCCCACCUUUGGGGAUGAUAUCGAGUAUCUCGUUGUUGAGCUUAAGUUGGCUGAGCUCCUGAUUGAGGAGAUUUGUGGAUUUGUCGAAUCGCAUAGGGAAAAGGAACAAAUUCCAAGGAUACGCAGGUUGAAAUUACGCCUGGAGCUACUGCAAUAUAUAAUAUCUAUCGCACCGGAAUGCCUACCACCUGGUUUAGAUGAGAAGCUGUGGGCCUAUCUGGUAGGCGUCAGUGCCCUAGGGCAGCCAGAACGCGAUGUAGGAUUUGAGUUUUAUAUAGCUCACUUUACUAGCUGUAGAGGGGUAUGUUUUUCCUUGCUUGGGAGGAUCUCGACUGACAAACAAACGUGCAGCGUUUCGAUCCGAUUCUGGAACAUGCGUUCCGGUGCCACUUCCCGGUCCUGGAUUCAGCGUAUUUCUCCUCCCAUGUUUUGAACUUUUGUAAAAUGUCAAUCGAGUACCUCAGCCUGUCUGCCGAGGUAAGAAUUCUAUUGGUUCUGAAUGAGCGCUGGUUCUCUUUACUAAUACGGGUUCAGAGGCAGUCCGAAAUGAUGGAUGAAGAUAGUCUCAAUGUGGAUGGGAUCGAGCAGCUGUGGCGAAUAAUACUGGAUGCAAAUAAUGAAAUUCUUGCCUCAGAUGCUUCAACAUACCUUGUGAACUUCUAUCUGGAUGUCAGUACUAUAGAUUCUUUGCUCUGCAAGCCAGCAUUUAGCUAACAGGAUCACAAUAGUCGCCUGCUGUGUUGUCGAAGCCCCCUAACGUAGUUGAAGCCACCCACUUCAAGAUGGUGGAGCGUUGUAUAGCGCAGCUGAAUUCGGCCGCAUUGGUUAUCACUGAAUCUGAAGUUACCGGAGAUCCUCUUAUCUCACUCGGUGGUACCAAGGACGACGCAUUCCGGAAGAAUGAGAGGGUAUUUCUUAGGUCUCUGGAUCUAUUGGAUCAGUUUAUCAAGGGAUACAAGAACCGCUCAGAGUACAAUAAAGGAGUUCAAGAACCAAAUCAGGGAUCUGGUCCAGAGAUGACAACCGGGUUGCCGCUUACAAUUAGGCUUAGGUGGCAUGGUCUCAAUUAUCAGUCACCGGUAUUAUGUUCCACGUUUAGCAAAAAAUGUCCCAGUGAAGCUUAUUGACAUAUCAUUAGGUUCAUACUUUUAAAAUCGGAAAUCUCGACACCGCCCAGGAUCUCCACGAACGGAUCACCAAACUUGUGGGAGGGGACAAGCAUCGCACAGUUUGUGCUGGGAGGGAGCUAAAGCUUUCUGAGGAUCCUUUGAGGACGCUUAAAGACUUCAACCUUACUGAAGACGCUUUUCUGAUUGUCCAGAAGGCACCUGAUCAGGGGUCAAAUACUGUGGUCGUGAGACCUUCGUCUAAUCUGAAUGCCCUAGAAACCGAAAUUAUGAGACACUUCGAUGCCCUCUACCAGUUGCUUGGCCUGCCAGAGCCCCAGGCAGCGCGGGUGUGUGCCCCACCCCGGAGGGCGUAUUAGGAUUUCGGUCUAACUGAUGUGUUCCACAGAUUUGGGUAUUUCUAAGAAACCUUCCUGUUCAUGAUAAAUUAAAAGAGUCUAUGAUAUCGGGUGAAUCAUGGUCGCGAGCAUUGCCGGCUGAAAAACCUUACAAGAUACUAUAUUUUCUCUAUACGCUCCGUGCUUGUUUCGGGGAGCAGAGACCGCAAUUAGUGAGUGACCAUGGGUCAUGCAGAGAACCUUGUUAAAUUGACACCUGUUAGGGGACCGGAGCCUCGGAGUUCUUUGCCAGAGCCAUCUCAUGCUUACUGGAGACUAUCAUGUCCGAUGGACUUGAGACAAACACGGGGUAUUCAUUAAGUACAAAGGCUCAGGUCACAAAUGAACUUCUGGAUUGCCUGAGAAUGUUUCUAGAAGGUGAGUCCAUUGAUAGAGCUGUAAGGUAUGUGCUUAACAAGCGGCAGAACCCAUAGCCGAAGAAAAUCCCGCAAGCUACCUGACGGAUAGUGCUGCAUUUGUGAGAUGCAUCUUGAACAUUUUACAGACGAUUUCAAAACCGGAAUACUCUCGAUGCCCGGCUUCUGAAGACUGCGUUGUUAAUGCCUUUAGAGCUCUUCUCAGGGCAUCAAGGAUGGACCCUGAAACAUGGGUUUCCCUCAGCCAGAAUCAGAAUCAGAUGUUCAGCGUAAUCGACAAAUUCCUCGUCCGGGAUGACCGUCCUAAGGUUAGGCAGGGGGUCUCUAGAUCGAUUGUCGGCACCUUGAAAAGGCCUAUGCGGUAUGCUUCAUGCGCUUAACUUCACACGUGUUUCAAGCGCUGAUGGAUAUAGGAACGAUGUUGUUCCAUGUGAGGGAUUUGCAAAGUACUUCUGGCAGAUUUUGGAUCCAUUAUUAGUCCAGGAUUCAAUAGGCCCUGAUUCUUCCGCAGAAUUCUACCAUGCUGCCCUUGUGAUAUUUCAGUAUGCAUGCCUGGAUCCUCCCCACGGCCAUUUCUCUAACUUACGGUGUAGAUUUCUGGGAAGUGCCGAUGCCGCAUCACUAGAGCUGGACCAUUACCUCAGGACUUGGAGCUCCCGCCUGAUAGAGUACCCCGUCGCCGAGGUAAGUAUUCAGUCGACUGUGUUCUCAUUAUCAGGGCUUCUACUUAUGGUUAUUCUAGAUAGUUGGCCGCCCUAAGGAAGAUUAUAUAUUAACAGGCUUAUCAAAGCUGCUGUCUCAGUGCACAGCGUUUGCACGGGAUCGAUUGAUAGCAGUGGGAAUGAAGUAUUUGAUGCUUGGCUUAUAUUUGUGCCCAUAGCUGACAUAAUUGUUUAGGGUAUCCGAGAAAAUCUUUGAGCGUUUACUUUUUCCUGUAUAUAUAUUUGGGGAUCGAUACCAGGAUAUCGAAAUUGCCGAGCGGUUACCAUGCCUUCACGGGCCCACCCGCACGGAGAUAUACACCCUUCUCCUUGAAUUGGCGAACGACCUGGAAUCUUCCACGCGGAUGGUCGCGCUCAAUCGACAGCUAUUCCCAAAAGGUAAGCGAGCGGUAAAAAUUAAUGGCAAAAUCUUAUAUGUCGCAGACGAUCCAUUACACGACAACCACACCGCCGACCGAACCAGAUGGGCAAGGUCCUCCGCUGGCCAUGUCGGUCUUCAAAAUAUGUCCAAUACAUGCUAUCUUAAUUCUUUGAUUGCUCAACUCUUUAUGAAUCGUUCUUUUCGCGCCUUCAUUUUGGACAUGGAUGUGAACCCGGUCGACGAAUCCCAGAGAUUGCUAUUCUCUAUGAAGGUUCUCUUCGCUCGUAUGCAAAAUAGUUAUGCAAAAGCAGUCGAGCCGAAGGACUUUGUUGAAUCUAUUACGGACUACGAAGGAGAGCAAAUUGACAUCACAAUCCAGAUGGAUGUAGAUGAGUUUUACAACCUGGUCUUUGAUCGCCUUGAAGGCCAGAUGUCCUCAAUACAGACGAAAUCUUCUUUCCGUGGUUAUUAUGGCGGCCAGCUAGUGCAACAGGUGAAGUCAUCGGAAUGCGAACAUAUCUCGGAGCGCAAUGAGCCGUUUUCGGCAAUCCAGUGCGAUAUCAAAGGGAAGACCAAUCUACAAGAGAGCCUAAGGGCAUAUGUUGGCGGAGAGCUUAUGGAUGGAGGUAAGAAGCUUUGGUGUUACUCUCCCUAGGCUGAGGAUACUUCUAAUAGCUAUAUACAGAUAAUAAAUACUCCUGCACUGAGUGUGGCCGCCAUGUGAACGCUGUGAAGAGGUUUGUUUAUCAAGACACCUCCCUUUGAUUAUGGCGCUAACGUCUCUCAGAACAUCGCUCAAAGAUCUUCCGAACGGAAUCAUCUUUCAUCUAAAGCGGUUUGAGUUUGACCUGCAGACAAUGCAUAGAAGCAAGAUCAAUGACAAGUUUGAGUUUCCGAACUGUAUUGAUAUGACACCGUAUACCACGGAUUUCCUGAGUGCUGAGGAAAAGGGAAAAGUCGCUCCCCUGCCCGAUGUAUUUGAGUUAGUUGGGGUGUUGGUCCAUAGUGGGACCGCUGAAUCUGGCCAUUACUAUUCAUACGUCAGGGAUCGCCUUUCGGAUUCAACUAACCCUCAGUGGCUUGAGUUUAACGACUCCGAGGUUUCCUUCUUUGAUCCAUCCACCAUACCGUCGGCAUGUUAUGGGGGCUGUGAUAGUAUGGCGAGGGACUCAAUGGGCCAAACUUUUACGGUUAAUAAACCGUACAGCGCCUACAUGCUUUUUUAUGAACGUUCGUCCUUUCUGAGGUCACCGACUGGAAAUUUGGGGACUGUCGGGUUCGGAAGGAAAUUGCCACUUUCUCACGACCUCGAGUGCGAAAUUCAGGCCGAAAACGAACGUUUCAUACGAAAGUACUGCAUGUUCGAUAGCAGCUAUAUUGAUUUUGUCAAAAGGCUUGCUGAUCAACACUAUCGAUUGAGCAAGACUUCUACCCGCUCGGAACAUCUUGCCGAACGGAAGGCGCUUUUCCUUGCACUAGAGACAUUUGAGCAAAUAGCAACCAGAUUCAAGGAUCCGGGGGAGGCCGAGUCCUUGCACAGCACGAUCCACACGUAUCUAGUGAACUGCCCGGACUGCUGCCUGGAUUUCCUGAACUGGAUAUCAGACAAGGAUGGGGCUAUCAGGAACCUACUCGUUUGUAAUCCUUACCCUAAACCAAGGCAAGCUGUGGUAAGGCUGGUAUUGGUGGCCCUAAACCAGUUACGACGGAAACGGGCCGCAAUUUAUGGAGCCGACGACAUAAAACUUGAGGAUGAGUAUGACGAACGAGAAUCCAGCAGUAUCUUAUACAAGGUCUGUAGUGCCCUUAUUGAGUCUUGGGAAAGUCUCCAAUAUUCUUCCAAGACCUGGAACGACUAUUUCGGACUGCUAGCGAGCAUCGCAAGUCUGGGACAAUUUGAGAAGUCUACCAUGCUAGAACUGGGGUGUCUUAAGAAAACGCUGCAGUUAUUGGUAAUAGAUCAUUUACCGGUCCCGAAGAAAAAGGAAUUUAUGUUCGACAACUUUACAAAGAUCUGGAAUAAGCGUCGGCCGCCGAUUAGCCAUACUGGGAGCCUUCUCUGCGAGCUGAUGAGCCUAUGUGACCCCAACCUGCCGCCAUGCCUGGACGAAGAUAGGCGCGUUAUUGACGAGCGCUGUCGGAGAUUUCCUCUAACUAGAACAGAGUACACCUUGUUCACAUUCAGUGACGAUAGGAAUGCCAUGACCGCAAUUACAAGGCUGCUCGAGACCCAGACUGUUGACGAGGCGAUGGCCAAUCUCGUUUCCAAUAUUGUCGCAUCGGAGGUAGCUCCCGUAGAGGGAGGCAUCCUUGAUCCUCUCAAGCACACGUUGAUUAAUGGGGUGCCGGUUGAUCCUGCUCAGGAAGCUCUCCCCUUUCUCACAUGUCUUACCCAAUUUAUUGCAUGCACCAGGUCCCCAAGUUAUGUGCGAGAAAUCAUCCGACGAGUCGCUGAGGAAAUUCCUACAAUCGGUACUGAUGGGGGCGCGGAACAUCUAGCCUUCUUCCAAGACCUCCUCAAAGUUCGCAAUCCAGUUAUCAAGACGGGCAUCACCAGAAUCCGAAUUCUCGAACAUGUAGGAUCCUGGGCGCCUGCAUUAUUAGUCUAUUGCGAUGUUAGAGUUCGGGAGGAAACGGAGCAGUUUCUCAGUGAGAUACUUUUCGAUACCCUUGCGAACGGUGAUCGUCCAAAAUCACGUUCGGCUGUUGAAAUGUUGAUGGAUAACUGCUUCACCUUCCUCGAGACAAGAUACACAAAGCAGCGCCACCAAUGCGAUGAGAAGACCUUUGAAAGCAUCCUGCGAGUGCUAGAAAAAUGUGGCGAGUAUCAGAGCGAUGAGGAAGUCUUCAAAGCCCGAUAUGAUGGUAGGUCCCCUUUCCCUGUUACAUUUUGUAUCCAUAGCUAACCAUUUUAUCCUCUCUCUACGUUAGGCCUGCGGGGUUUGAUAGAAAAGAUGAUCCUCGAGGAGGAAGAGGACGCUGAUCUAGCCUCCGGUAAGACCAAUUGGUUCUCUCGUGAGCCACACGACUGACCGCAUGUAAGAUGACUGGGGAGGAUCCGAGAUCGGUAGUGACACGCACGAGAUGGAGGUGCAACUUGACGACUAUAACAGUACUUAGAUGUUGAGAUGAGCGUACCGACACAAACAGAAAAGAAAAGAAAAAAUGUAGUUGAGAGUGUGGGGAGGGAGAGCAUUACAGUCGUCUGCCUUGCCUAGAUUUUUUUUUCUUUUCAUUUUUCACUCUUUUUUCAUUUUUUUCUUUUGCUCUCUUGCGCUUUGUGCUUUUCGACAACAAAAUCACAACUUGGGGCGUUUGUAUUCUUAGGGUAUGGAUCCUUCUCUUUACUAUGACACUUGAAAUAAAGUUGGGUAGUCAUCAACUGGGUUUCGCUGGCUCGUUUUAUGGUUCAGGGUCUUCUCUCCCCGUUUUCCUCGUUUCCGUUGUGUUUAAUUCUUAUUAUUAAACUUGGAUACUCCUUUUUUUUUUGUCCGACCAUGGCAUUUACUUUACGGUUGACUUUGCUGCUCGGGUGGCAUUCGGGGACUAGAGAUCGGAAUACUGGAGCAAUGGACGUGGGCAUUGGCUAUUCUGGCACUUUCUUUCCACCAUAGUACUCAGGUUUUUGGUAGCCACAAUUAGAUAGUGCAUCAUACCCAAG